AUGAACCGCCUGUCUUUUGACGAUCCUUCGUUGGAUCUGGAUCCAACACUGUCUCUUAACGACCCAAGUGAAAUUGACACGGCCCUCUUAAGCGACAUCGAUGACAUGCUUCAGCUCAUCAACAAUCAGGACAUGGAGUUUGGAGGACUCUUUGACUCCACUCCCUUCGCAGGGAGCCCUUCCACCCAAGAGAUGAAUGCCUUGUCCCAGACCAUCACCUCUGUUUCUCCUCCUGCCACCGCUCCCACACCUUCAUCCACCACCACUUCCUCCAUCCUGAGCAGCAACCCCCACUUAGACGCCCUGUUGGGCCCGCCCAUCAGCCGCAGCUCCUCGGCCCCGGACAAGGCCUUCCAGCCCGCCACCUUCCAGCAGUCUCCCCUGGCUCAGGUAGCCAGCACCGCACAGAGGCAGCAGCAGCAGCAGCCGUCGUCGAGCCAGCAGGCUCAGAGCCUCAGACAGCCCCUCGUGGAGCAGCCCCAGCCGAGCGUCAGCCCGCCUGCCGCCGCGCAGGCAGCAGCGUCGUCCCCUCACGGCUCGCCAGGUCCAAAUCCGGUGUUCAGCUCCCCGACACAGACACUCUUCACAUCCCCUGCGCCUCAGACUGCGCCUCAGCCCCAGGCACAACCGCAGGCCCAGAGCAAGUUUCAGAGCCAAAGUAGCUUUACGGCCGUCAGCCCCAGCAGCGUGAGCCCUCCUGCCACCAGCUUAUCGUCCUCGCCUCCCAGCGUCCAGUCGGUGACCAUUCAGACCCAGCUUCAAGGCCUGACCACUGCCUCCCCGCUCCUGGCCACCUCAGCUAGCCCUCCAGCACAGACCAUCACAACCCAAGUACAACAAGUACCUGUGCUGCUGCAGCCCCAGUUCAUAAAGGCUGAGUCCGUACUGCUCACCACUUUAAAGCCUGACCCGUGUAUGGUCACAACCAUGGCCUCUCCUACGUCCCUAGCGACCACCACCAGCCCGGUUCAGAGCACUGCCCUGCAGGCUUUUAUGGGUGGGGGUACCAUCCUGACCACCGUGCCUGUGAUGGUGGACGCGGAAAAGCUUCCCAUCAACCGCAUCGCCAUCGCCGGCAAGCCGUCAGGCCAGCCGCACAAGGGGGAGAAGCGCACGGCUCACAACGCCAUCGAGAAGCGCUAUCGCUCCUCCAUCAACGAUAAAAUAGUGGAGCUGAAAGACAUUGUCGCUGGCACUGAAGCCAAGCUCAACAAGUCGGCUGUCCUCAGGAAAGCCAUCGACUACAUCCGCUACCUGCAGCAGACGAACCAGAAGCUCAAACAGGAGAACAUGGCUCUGAAAGUAGCAGCUCAGAAGAACAAGUCUCUCAAAGACCUGGUUGCCAUGGAGGUGGACACUCAGGCAGAAGUGAAGAACGAGCUGCCCACUCCGCCAGCCUCCGACGUCGGCUCCCCGACCUCCUUCUCGCACUGCAGCAGCGACUCGGAGCCCGACAGUCCCAUGGGAGAGGACACAAAGUCCCAUUUAGGCUUGCUGGACCAGUCUGCAGCAGGUGGCGUAGUCGGAGGCAUGCUGGACCGCUCCCGCAUGGCGUUGUGCGCUUUUACCUUCUUCUUCCUCUCCCUCAACCCGCUGGCUGCUUUGCUCUGCUCAUCCGGCAGCAGCUCUGCAGGAAACGCUGCCGACAUUACCCCCCAUCACGCAGGGAGAAGCGUCUUGGGUGUAGAUAUUCCAGCUGAGUCUUGGGGCUGGAUGGAUUGGAUGCUCCCCACCAUAUUGGUGUGGCUGCUGAACGGUAUUCUGGUGUCGGGAGUUCUGAUCCGAUUGUUGGUUUACGGCGAGCCCGUGACCCGUCCGCACUCGGGAUCGUCUGUGCUGUUCUGGAGACACCGCAAACAGGCCGACCUGGACCUGGCCAGAGGGGAUUUUGCUCAGGCCAGUCAUAACCUCCGAACCUGUCUGAAGGCACUGGGUCGCCCCCUGCCCACCUCCCAGUUGGACCUGACCUGCGCGGUGCUCUGGUCCCUGCUGAGGUUCUGCCUGCAGCGCCUCUGGGUCGGCCGCUGGCUCGCUGCAAGGGCUGGAGGUCUGCGUAGCGAUCGCCCCCUGCAGGAGGACGCGUGUAAAAGCAGCCGUGAUGCCGCCUUGGUUUAUCACCGCCUGCACCAGCUUCACAUGACAGGGAAGCUGAACGGCAGCCACCUGUCGGCAGUCCACAUGGCUUUAAGUGCGGUGAACCUGGCAGAAUGUGCUGGCUCAUGCCUGCCUGUAGCCAGCCUGGCUGAGGUCUACGUCUCUGCAGCGCUACGAGUCAAAGCCAGCCUGCCAAGGAUCCUCCAUUUUACCUCUCGUGUGUUCCUGAGCAGUGCCCGCCAGGCGUGCCUGUCGUCCAGCGGCUGCGUGCCUCCGGCCAUGCAGUGGCUCUGUCACCCGCUCGGACACCGCUUCUUCGUGGACGGGGACUGGGCCAUUCGCAGCACGCCUAAAGAAAGCAUCUACAGCCAGGCCGGAAACACUGUGGACCCUCUGGCCCAGUUGACUCAGGCUUUCAGAGAGCACCUUCUCGAAAAGGCUCUUUACUGCGUCGCCCAGCCGCACGGAGAGAAGAGUCCCAACCAGGCUGACGGGGAGUACGCCGACGCCUUGGAGUACCUCCAGCUGUUGAUUAGUGCGUCCGACGCCGCCGGUGCAACGUCCCAGUCCUUUGCAAUCGGCUCCAACAUGGCCACUGUGACCGGCUGCGACCCCCACUCUAAAUGGUGGUCCUCGGUUGCCAUAGUGAUCAUCAAUUGGCUUCAAGGAGAUGAUGCUGCAGCAGAGAGGCUCUAUCCGACCGUGGAGCACCUGCCUCGCAGCCUGCAGAACGCAGAGAGUCUUCUGCCCAAAGCGUGCCUCAACACAUUCAGGGCAGUCAGAGCUCUGCUGUCCAAGCCAGAAAACUGCCAGCUGAGUCUGAGCCACACUGACAAGGCCAGCGCCCUGCUCCGAGACAGCCUCAACCUGGGACCGCACUGCCACAGCUCCAGCUUGGACAAGGUCGUCGAGUUAAUGGUGUGCGACCUCCUGCUGGUUUUGAGGACCAACAUCUGGCGCUUGCAGCAGCAGGGGACGAGUCCCACAGGGUCCGGCUUGGCCGGCUCCAGCGGUCCUGCCGGCCUUCAUCAGGCGUCGCCACCAGAACUUCAGGGCUUCCAGCAGGACCUCUGCUCCCUGCGCAAGCUGGCACACAGCUUCAGACCCGCAAUGCGAAGAUUGUUCCUUCACGAAGCUACUGCCAGGCUGAUGGCGGGGGCCAGUCCCACCAGAACCCAUCAGCUGCUGGACCGCUCACUGCGGCGCCGAGCAACACCCGGAGCCAAGACAGAGGAGUGCGAGGCGCGGCCCGGCCAGCGGGAGCAGGCCGAGGCCGUGAUGCUGGCCUGCCGCUACCUUCCUCCCUCGUUCCUGUCGGCGCCGGGCCAGCGGGUGGGCAUGCUGGCCGACGCGGCCCGCACCCUGGAGAAGCUCGGCGACAAGCGGACGCUCCACGACUGCCAGCAGAUGAUCAUAAAGCUGGGCAGCGGCACCACCGUCACCAGCAGCUAGAGCGAGGGAGAGGUUGGGGUGAGGGAGGCUUGCACGGACGCCGUGUGUACCGAAACGCCUCCUGCGUACAAACGCGCGCAGGAACAGGUGGAGGAAAAGACCUGCUGCCGCGGAAACCUUCCAGUGUCCUUUGAAAUUCACUGGUUGCUCCUCCUCUGCCUACCCGGCCUCACAUCUUAAGGCACUUUUAGAGUUCACGCACUCUGUUUCUUUUUAAAUUAUGAAGUAAUGUGAAAAAAAAUAAAAAUAAAACAA